GAAUUGAAAACAAAAGGACGUCCCUUGGAACCAGUUUGACAAGGUCUGGGUCAGACUUCUGACGAUUGUUUAUGGAAAGCCGCAAGUCCAAAAUACGUGAUCGCAUCAUAGAAGUGAUACUGAAAUUCAUCCUGUACUCUUCAGUGCGGUUAGUUUUACAGCAGCAUUAGUAGUCUGUGUUAGGCAGAAAAACAAAAUGACGGACAAAAUUGAUAGCAUAUACAGAACACGAUCGCUUGGAGUCGCUGCAAUAGGUAUUCCUGACCAGUACGCCGAUGGGAAGGCCGCCAAAGUUUGGUCAAAGUAUGUUGGUGAUCAAAACAGGAGGACUGGCUUUUACCGCAAAAAGUUGCUUGAAGUCUUACACGAGUACAAGGUUAAAACCGUCUUUGAUGUUGCUUGUGGCACCGGUGUUGACUCCAUUCUCAUGGUCGAAGAAGGGUUCCGUGUCACAAGUGUUGAUGCAAGUGACAAAAUGCUUAAAUAUGCACUCAAAGUUAGAUGGGCAAGAAGAAAGGAACCAGAUUUUGACAACUGGGUGAUUGAAGAGGGUAACUGGCUUCACCUGAAAGAUGCAGACAUUGACAUCCCAAAUGGUGGAUUUGACUGCCUAAUUUGUCUUGGCAACUCAUUUGCACAUCUACCCGACUUUGAUGGCGAAAAUAAAGCACAAAUUCAGGCCAUUGAAAAUUUUAGAGACUGCCUCAGACCAGGGGGUAUCCUGAUGAUAGAUCAUCGCAAUUAUGACCAUAUUGUGUCAGGUGGUAAGCCACCAAUGAAGAAUAUUUAUUAUGAUAGCCAAGCACCAGUGGAUGUAAAGACAUCUGUGCUUCUUGUGGACAAUAAGUACUCCCUUGUUACUCUUGAUUAUGUCAUUAAAGAAGAAGAACCCUCCAGCAACGGAGAAGCAGACAGCGAUUCUCCACCUUUUAAGAAGAAGAAAGAUGAAUCCUCAAACAAGUUUCGUCUGUCUUACUACCCACACUUGCUGCAAAAUUUCAAUAAACUUUUGGAGUUGGUGUUUGGCAAAGAUGCUAAGCAUACGAUACUUGGUGACUUCCAGCCAUUGGAAUCAACUGACAAUCCUGCAUACUAUGUUCAUAUUAUACAAAAGCCUUGACCGUGGGCAGAGGAAAUUUGUUGACUUCCCAAAGAAUUUCUUCACAAAUAGUAUUUUUGUAAUUAAGCUUUUGCUUUGAUAGCUUAAGUAUGUUAUGGAUGAAGACUGUGCAAAGAGAUGAAAACCUGUAGAUAGAAAAUUUCAAUUUGGAUAGUGCAUGUAGAAAUAGGGAUAGCAAAGAAUGGGACUGUUCCAAGUUUUUAAAAUUGAACUUUUGUAGGUAAUUUAAAAGUUUCCUUGAAGGAAGAUAGUAUAUACAAACAUACUGUUAAUUUGCAUCCACAACAAAGUAAAAUUUGAUGAGAUAGACAUAAAACAAAAGUUUCCAGAUAGAAUAUCAGCAAUAGACAAAUAUAAAUCACAUGCAAAAUAAAUUUCAGUAUAGGGAUUUAUCAAUGGCAAUGCUAUGACUAGUUACUAAGUACUCAAAAUACAGGCUGGGCAACUUCCUUAAUUUUUUGUGUGGAAUUCUGAAAAAUUAUUAUCAGGUUUGGUUUUUUUAAAAAAUUGUGUACAUUUUUCUACACCAAGUGAAUUAAGAUGUAUACUUCUGAAGAGGA